GUGACAUUCCAUCAGGCUCGUGUCAGGAAACUGGACUGUGGUGAUUCACCAUGGCGUAUGGCUUGCCAAGAAAGAAUACUGUGAAAACCAUUUUGCGGGGCAGUUGUUAUAAAGUACAGGAACCAUGGGAUCUUGCAUUGCUUACAAAGACCUGGUAUACGAACAUAGCCAACAUCAAAUUGCCUUUCUUGGGAGAAAUCACUUUUGGCACUCCUGUACAGCUCGUAAAAUGUCAAAUUGGCAAGGAUGACAUGCUUCCUUCAAAAGAAUCCAUCAGAAUUGAAAGGGAGUAUGAGAGGAAGCGACUAGAGAAGCUUAAAUCUCAGGAAAAUGCAUAUGAGGAAAUUCAGCUUUCCUUGAAGGAAAAGAAGAUUGGCCUGAGGAGACCUCUGUCCCAAGUGAUACCAUCAAAGCUGUGCUCUUUCCCUGUAUCCAGCAGGGUGGGGAAGAAGGGUUCCGAUUCUUCUGUGGUGUCAAGUUCAGUGCAGACUAAGGCAUGCUCUCUGGUGCAUGGGUCAGUACUUCUAAACAUGGGUUAGUAGGCAGCUCAGACAGACCUCCUGUGUUCCCAUGACACUCUUGUUUCUUUGUGUCAGAAACAGCAGUACUGUGAGUAGAUGAAAA